AUGUAUGACGGACUUGAGUUCAUCAGGCCUCCAGAUAGCUACGUCUGGAAACCGGAUAUUGUUGUGGCCAACUCCUUCCAACAACUGGACCGCCUAGGGGGAGAUUUCGUGUCUUUGAAAGUUUUCUCUAAUGGACGCGUGCAGUGGAUGCCAGGAGACUUAUUCUACCUCCCGUGUAGUGUGGACGUUCAGCUGUACCCAUUUGAUAGCCUGACGUGUACAAUGGAGCUGGUUGUCUGGUCCCACUCAGUCACAGAAGUUUACCUGAAACCACUUAAAUCUCUUGCUGGAGUAUCUAGUUCGAAAAUACGGGGGCAAUGGAGUUUGACGUCAACAUCUAUCAAGUCGAAGGAAAAAAGUUUGGACAACAGAAAUGUGUCUAGUACAAUAAUUACUCUCGUUUUGGAAAGACUCCCAACCAACUUUGUCUUCAACUUCAUGAUUCCCGUCAUGAUUCUGUCCCUUUUAGGGACGUUUGUGUUCCUCAUUCCAGCAGAUUCAGGAGAAAAGAUAUCCUUUGCCAUCACUAUUCCUCUUUCAUAUGGCGUUUACAUGGGAUUUCUGACAAACAUGGUACCACAGAGCUCCGACGGAGUGUCCACUUUUAUUAUAUUCCUUGGAAUCACGUUAUCGAUGUCUGCACUAUUCGUCAUCCUGAGCAUCUUCAGCGUCAGAAUCUCGGGACGCAGUAAUUCAAGACCCGUUCCUAAAUCAUUCCAAAGAUUCACAAUCUGGGUUGAACAUGCUAAACACUGUGGGCGACACAGGAAGACGAACACAAGCCAUGUUGCUAAGGUCAUGGAACAAUCAGAUGAUGACGAGACUAAGGAGCAUACUCAAGUAAUAACUUGGAAGCGAGUGAGCAAGGCACUGGAUCUGUUUUUCUUCUGGGUGUUGUGUGUACCUUUGUUGAUAGCCAUUCCGGUAUUGUUGCUGUGCACAGCUUUCCCAUUGUGA